UCAAGCGAAUCAUAGCCGUGAAAAUGUAAAGCGUGAAAACAAGUACAAUAGUGUAAAAAUACAAUAACGGAUUAUUAAAUAAUUUUAAAAGUUCGUUCUAAUAUCCAGACAAGAAAGAUUUUAAAACCGAAAAUCCAACAAUAUGUUCCACUUAAUCACACUUAGCAACACUCUACAAUUGAUGUGCUUCUUGGGUGUCGCUAUAGCGGGUUAUAUGGAAGAGAAAUAUUCGGCAUCAGUGAUAGAAGAUAGUGCUUUGGAUAUGUUGGGACUCACACGAAAGUAUCACUACCCUUUGGAAAGUCACUUUGUCACUACCGAGGACAAGUAUAUUUUGCGUCUAUUUCGUUUGCCGCGUCCGAAGGCGCGACCCGUUUUUCUAAUGCAUGGCCUUUUAGAUAGCUCAAUUACUUGGUUGCUAAGUGGCCCGUGGGCGGCUCUCGGCUACUAUCUGCACGAUCUGGGUUACGAUGUAUGGAUGGGUAAUGCACGUGGCAAUUUCUAUUCUCGCAACCAUACAAUGUAUAAUCCGGAUGUCGACAAGUCAUUUUGGCGAUUCAGUUGGCAUGAAAUUGGCUUUUAUGAUUUGCCUGCUUCGAUAGAUUAUGUUUUGAACAAUACGGGCUAUGAUAAAAUGGCAUAUUUCGGACAUUCGCAGGGCACCACAUCCUUCUUUGUGAUGACUUCUAUGCGUCCAGAGUAUAAUGAAAAGAUUACCAUCAUGAUUGCACUGGCACCUGUGUCCUAUAUGAAAAAUGUAAACGCUCCUUUGCUGCCGAUUUUAAGAAAUUUAAUGGCUGUAUCCGGUAACGCAAUUACUGAGUUUCUGCCACGUAGUGAACUGUGGAAAGCUUGCUUCCGCUCCAAGAUGACCGAAGAUACUUGCUUUGAUUACAUGUAUCAGUUAUUAGGAAAACAUUCCAAAAUGUGGAAUGCGUCUAUGGCGCCAGUUUAUAUGUCCCAUCUGCCAAGCGGUUGCAAUCUGAAGCAAUUCAAACACUACGUGCAACUUAUCGACUCUGGACGUUUCUGUCAGUACGAUUACGGACCAACGGAAAAUCUCAAGCGCUACAAUAGCUCUCAGCCAAAAGACUAUCCCAUCAAAAACAUCACUGCUCCGAUUGCGCUAUAUUAUACCUCCAAUGAUCAUCUUAGCGGUUAUAAAGAUGUGAUGCAUCUGUCCAAAGAGCUACCAAAUGUUGUCGAAAAUUACCUUUAUCCGUAUAAGAAGUGGAAUCAUAUGACGAUGAUAUGGGGUUUGGAGGCACGCGAAUUGACUCAUAAAAAUAUGGUAGAGUUAAUGAAGAAAUACGAACCACAAUCCAUGUAACGCAUAA